UUGUAAAAGAUAAGACGAUUUAGUGUUAACAAUAUUUGUGUGUCAGUUAGUUUCUUUUGUGGUACUGGUUCGAAUAUUAUCAAACAAAAGAAAAAUUUCAAAUCAAUUCUACACACUUUUGAGAUGGAAAAAUCGAAAAAUCAAAAUGCACCCACAGGAAAACGCCCCCACUGUUCACCAAAACACGGUUCCUCCAACGUCGCUGCUGGAUUUGAAUGUACAUUGCCUCCUCACCAUUUUCUGUAAGCUAGACCUACCAGAUUUAACGAGAGCCUCAUCCGUGUCCCAUCGAUUCCAAGAUUUGGCAGCCGAAGCUUUCAAAUAUGAAUGGAAAAACCAAUUGAUUCGAGUCAGCAACAUCAGCCAGGACAUGAAAUUGGAAGCGACGGCAGUUUUACGGAAUUUUGGCAAUCGGUUGGAGAAAGUUGAGAUUGCCUUUGACAAGCACGGAAACGAUAAAUUCUUCAAAAUGUUCGUUGACAAGUGCGGUUCGCAAUUAACGAAACUCAAUUUCUCCUGUUCAUGCUUAAACGUGAAUUUGGAGAAAAUUUUAAACAAGGAAAAUAUCCGACGCUGCAAUGAAAAAUUCGUUAACUUGAAGAUGAUGCGAUUUGGGGAUAACAUAGAACACAUCACUCAACCGGAAUGCAUUGAGCAACACUUUCCAGCAUUGGAGGAGUUAAACCUGAAUGGCUCUCCAUUCGAAAAUCAAAACAUUUUUCAAUUCGUCAGUUACAAUCCUCAGAUCAAAAAUUUGUCUUCAUUUCACUACAACAACAUACUCGAUGCUGCAGAUAUGAUCGAAGUGAUCGACCAACAAGUACCACAACUGGAAGUACUUGGUUUGUGGAUACAUGGUCAAACGGAUGACAGUGAAUAUCAACCACGUUUUUUGAAAGCCCUGAAGUGUUUAAUGAUUCAGAAUCACGGGACCACAGCGAAUUUACAACGUUUGUCAAUAUCCACCGAAAGAUUAGUAGAAAUGGAAUUGGCACUAAGUCUAUGUGAUAAGAAUUCGAUUGACUUUAUCUGCCAGCACAAAGAACUAACCAAAUUAACUAUCUACAUCUAUACAGACAAUCUGUUUGUUUCCAAAUAUUUGGCACAACUUAAGAAGCAUCUGCCAAAGUUGACUCAGAUAGAGAUUUUCGGUUUUUGGAGUGAUCUCAAUCACACAGACAUUGUGCUAUUCGUUCAUGGUUGCCAACAGUUGGUCAAAUUUAUUCUACGAGAUAACACGCGACUGAACAUUUUAGAAGACGUGGUCCAACUUCAUAAAAAAUUGGAAUCAACACAAUGGACGGUUCGCUAUAUUCCUUCCAAACGUCAACUGCAAUUUGAUCAAGUAUGUAAUAAACGAUACGAAUGGAAAAAGUAAUUUAGCAAUAGGGCAUGGGACGACGUUGAAAACGACAAAAGAGACAUCCCUGUUUUCAUAGCUGAAUAUCGUUUCUUGAAGUUUUAUCCUGACAGCCUCAACCGUGCCAUAUUCAGCUAUAGAAAAUGUACUGACAAGUGAUGGUGAAAACGUCAACAAGAUCCAUGCCCCAGCUCCAUUGCAUUAUACCUAUUAAGUAGAAUAAUUUAUUAAGCUAUGUCGAAAGUACAAUAGUUUUAAAGGGCGCCUAGACGCGUAUGGUAGAUUUUAUAUUACCAUAUUUUUACAUUUUUCAAUUAAUAAAGUUACAACAAUUCUCUUGCA